AUAACUCCAAAAGCUAUCUCGGUUGGGGAUAGAAUCAAACCCCCAAGAAUUUAUGCCAAAGUGAACACCUCAACUCAACCACAUCAAUUCAAUGCUUCUGCUAUAUAAACCCUUUCCCUUUACAGGAAGAAAACAUUAGCUUAAAACACAGGAAGACUGUUCGGUUCAAAAGAUGGGUUGGUUAUGGCGAGAGAGAAGAGGUCCGGCAUGGAAGCAAGGUUGGGCAGAGCAUACUAUAACCUCAAUCUCACCUCCUCCGUUUCCGUUACUUGCAAUUUUUGUCAUAAUUAUCGUCUUGCUGUCUCUUUCGUCGUAUUUUAACUAUAAGUCCCAGAUGCAGCAAGGUGUCAUCAACUUUAAGCUGAUCAUGCUGUUCUUGCCCGUGCUACUGAUCUUUAUUGCGAAGCUUGUAUCCAAAGGUGACAGGUUCUUUUUCUAUACUACAAAAGCUGAGUAUGGCACUCUUCGUAGAAACUGGGAUUUGCCUUGGGGAGUCGGAAUACUGGUGGUGAUUCUGCUAGUCAUGCUUUCUUAUCAGUCAUCCUUGCGGUCUGUGUGGUCUCCGAUUGUAUGGAGAUCGUAUUAGUAUUUACUAUUUAGGUCUUCUUAUUUAUGUAUAAGGGCGUCUAAAAGAGUUUUACUUGUUCAUGCCUAAAAUUUAUGUUACUAAAAGACUUUACAAGUUCAGCCUA